GGAGCCUUGUAUUCCCAGGCCCAUAUCUCUGAGGUUGUGAAUGUUCUGAUUUUCCGAUCCUUAUUGAUGAGUCCUUGACGUCGUUAAAUCCGGCCCUAACCAUCUUUUUAGACCGAGGUUCGCUUGAAAGUUGAAGCUAUCCAAGACUCGAAAUCGACCCUACAGCAACAAAAAUAAUGUGCCCAAUACGAUAACCACGCGACCUUGUACUUGGGGCGCAUACUUCGUCACAAUAAUGACAUCUUGCCCUUUCUGCUAUAUAGCGGAGCAUUUUCCGCCCUCCGAAUCUCCCAACCCUAAUUACGAACUCAUAUCUCCCUCUGCCUUUGUCGUUCUCAGCACCCCACUAUGUCUUGCGUUUCUAGAUAUUAUGCCACUAUCACCGGGGCAUCUUUUAUUGACUCCUCGGAAGCACCAUGAGAAAGUGUCAGAUGUCACGGAAGAGGAGUCGCGAGAGCUUGGGAUGUGGCUUUCGAGGUUAAGCCGGGUGCUCGCGAGCGUGACCGGGAUUUAUGAUUGGAACAUUGUUCAAAAUAACGGAGCGGCAGCAGCACAAGUGGUGCCUCAUUGCCACUACCAUUUAAUACCUCGACCGAACCUUACACCCGAGUUACGAAAUAGAUCGUUCACCAUGUUUGGACGAGGUCAAAGAAGCGAGAUAGACGACGACGAAGCCGCGGAACUUGCCCAAAAACUCAGAGAUGGCAUUGCCUGCGAGAUGGAACGGAUAAAGAACAGAGAGAAACUAUAGACGGCCUGGUACUUGUUAUACGUUAGAAGGACUUUUAGGUCGCAGAGAUUUUGUACUAGAUAGAAGAUAUAUGUCGCUUUGAAGGGCGUUAGGCAGUAUGGCCUGUACGAUUGUCUGUCUGAAUAAUCUAGGGCUCGUUCCCUACUGUCUAGAGUACCGGAUGUGGAAUGUGGCUUCGUAUGGAUAUCACUGCACAAAGCCAGGAUAUCUCGGAGAAGUACGUGAGGACGAGAAGAGAGGUACUGGAAUAUACAAUGUCUGUGACUUUCGCGAACAUGC